AUGAGGCUGGCCAUCGCUCUAUUUUCCUCAACCCUCUUGCUCACAGCUAAUGCAGCAUCUGCAAGCGGAGCAGAUUACAUUCGUGCCUAUGGUGCUCAAGGAGUCAACCUCUGGAGGCUCGCCAACCAAGGAAGACAAAAGGAUAGCCAUAUCAUCCAAAGACCAGUUCUGGUCGUCCAAGAUAACAGCAACAUCGAAGAACCCAAUGAGUUCCCGGACCAAUGGUUCACGCAACCCAUAGAUCAUUUUGCAAACUCGUCAGACACGUUCAAGCAGCGGUACUGGAUCAAUACACGACAUUAUACCCCCGGUUCUAAUGGCCCAGUGAUCGUUUUGGAUGGCGGUGAGACCAGCGGCGAGGACCGUAUUCCCUUCUUGGAUACUGGUAUCGUUGAGAUAUUAGCCAGGGCGACAGGAGGAAUCGGAAUCGUACUCGAGCACCGUUAUUAUGGAAAGUCUAUACCUGUCUCAGACUUCUCCACUGACAACCUGAGAUGGUUGAACAACGAUCAAGCUGCCGCUGACUCGGCUCGUUUUAUGGCAAAAGUGACGUUUCCUGGCAUUGAUGAGGAUCUGACAGCUCCGAAUACUCCGUGGAUAUACUAUGGCGGUUCCUAUGCCGGCGCUCGAGCAGCUCAUAUGAAAGUUCUAUAUCCCGAUCUCGUCUACGGCGCAAUUGCUUCCAGCGGCGUGACGCACGCCACACUAUCAAACUGGGAAUAUUACGAGAUCAUUCGAAACGCUGCAGACCCCACAUGCGCUAGGAAACUCGAGCACACCACCCUAGCAAUCGAUGCCCUCCUGGGCGUGCCUUUUGCGAAGCGCAUUAUCAAGUCAUUGUUUGGUCUCGAGGAUCUCGCGCACGACGAUGAUUUCGUUUCCGUUUUGGAGUCUCCUCUUGGUUAUUGGCAAGCUAAAGUCUGGGACCCUGCUGUCGGGAGCACCAAAUUUGACCAAUUCUGUACUUUCUUGGAUAAGCCUAUCCUUGGAAAUGGUAGUGUUUCGUCGUUACCCAUCGGUCAUGAAGACCGCCUCGUUCAUCUUCCUGGUGGCAUCGAGCUCGACUUCUCAAUCCUAAACUACGCCCAAUAUAUCAAAGAGAACUAUGUCUCACAAUGCAAAACGUCUGUCGAGGAUUGUUUCGGUACCUACAACGAUAGCAAUUUUCUUGCCACUGGUGUAGACCAGGAAUGGCGGUUGUGGUUAUUCCAGGUUUGCACAGAAUGGGGUUACUUCUCGACCGCCCCUCCCGACCCAGCCCACCCACGAAUCGUCUCCAAGUUAUUGACACUAGAAUACUCGUCGAAGAUCUGCAGACAGGCUUACCCAGCUGGGAAGUACUUUAUUGUACCGCCCAUGCCCAAUAUCACUGCUGUGAACGCACUGGGUGAUUUCGCGAUUUCUGCCGACAGGCUAGCCAUCAUCGAUGGCGAGGUCGACCCUUGGAGGCCUUGUACGCCCCACAGCGAUUACGCAGCUGACCGCGAGGAUACGAUUCUCCAACCUUUUAAGCUCAUUCCAAACGCUGUUCAUCAUUAUGAUGAGUACGGAUUGAAGAAUAUCAGCAAUGAGCCUGUGGAAAUUAGAAAGAUUCAUGGGGAGAUGAUUGUUUUCGUCAUGGAGUGGUUGAAGGAUUUCAAAGCACCAGGUUCGCGAUGA